UUGUCGGUGGCAUGCUUAUUUUUCUGUUUCACUUUUGUGAUACACAUUUGCCGCUUUCAGAUUUAUUAGGGUUUAAAAAAUUGAAUCUUAAUCUCCUCCUUCCACUUGUAGCAACCGGCAAGAUCCUGCUAUUUGCUAUUAAAAUCCUACAAUUCUGCUUAGCUCUUCUUUAUACAUUUUUGCUAUAGGCAAUGCUUUAUUUGCUUUAUCUUAUUAUUUUUAUUUUUUGAUUAAGCAAGUACUCACUCACACAUUUCACUACUUGCCCACUACGGGGCUGGAACCCUGUGUUUUGAGGGAGGAGAGGUUAUACCAUUUGGUGUUACACUGCCACUUGAUCACAUAUCUUGUAGGGUUCUUUUUGAGCUUUAUUUCUAAUUAACAACAUUUGCCGGUUUGAUGCCGGCUAAGGUUGAGUUCACAAAGCUUGUUUUAGCCAAUCUUCUUAAUGACUGCUGAUAAUCAGCCAAAAGAGCCUUUUAAAAAACAUUUAAAUAUCGAGAAGUAGCCUUUUAAAAAACAUCCAAAUAUCCAGUAGCAGUAUAUACUGGUGUUUUCUUUAGUAGUAAGCGAUAAUGAACACAAAAACAUGUUGAGAUUACAGCUCUAAUUGACAAUAACAAGAAACAUCAAAUCAAGGGCAUUGUAGUUUCCAAAUCACUUGAUUUGUCUUGGGUUGUGCUUAUAAAUUGACAUCCUUUGGUUGAGGACUCAAGUUAAAAAGUCUUGCAUACAAUUUCCAUCAAACUAUUAUCAUCAGUUUAUGGUCAACAUGGCUUGCAAGCUUGAAUUGUUAUUCACACUAGCACUUGUACUUGGUACUCUCUGUAUUUCACAUGCUGGGGAUGCAGACAUUCUCUCUGAUUUCAUUGUCCCAAUGAACACCACCAUUGAUGGCAACUUUUUCACCUUUACUGGCAUGAGAGUUCUUCUAGGGGGAGAUUUUCCGACAACUUUCAAGGUUUUGAAAGCAAGCAUGGCUGAAUUCCCGGCUCUUAAUGGUCAAAGUGUUUCUUAUGCAGUUCUUCAGUACCCUGCUGGCUCUGUCAAUCCACCUCACACCCAUCCUCGUGCAUCUGAGCUCUUGUUUCUCCUCAAUGGCAACCUUCAAGUGGGGUUUGUCGACACCACUAACAAGCUCUUUACUCAGACACUCCAGGCUGGUGACAUCUUUGUGUUUCCCAAGGGACUUAUUCACUACCAAUACAACUAUGACGAAAAAAACUCCGCCAUUGCAGUAUCUGCAUUUGGCAGUGCAAGUGCUGGAACCGCGUCGAUUCCUAGUUCCGUCUUCAAUACCAGCAUUGAUAGUGGGAUACUUGCAAAGUCUUUCAAAACUGAUGUUGAAACUAUUCAGAAAAUCAAAUCUGGCUUUGUAGCCUAGGCCUGAGCCAGAAGGGCAUUACUAGUUCAAAAAAUGUCAGCAUUUUUUUUUUUUUUAUAAUAAUUUUAUGUAUUAUUUGUUUCACGAAUAAUUUCCUUUAUCAAUUGAAGGAUAUCAAUCAA